AUGAAGCAAUCACCAGCACAGCUUCUGACUGUCCUUACAGCCUUCUUUACCGCAGCCGAGGCAGCCAGCCUCCCACCUCGAGAUGAAGGAACCUGCAGGAAGACCAAGGUUGCUAUUCUCGGAGCUGGUGUUGCUGGUAUUGCUGCAGCCCAGAACCUGACCCAAGCGAAAAUUACCGACUUCCUUAUCGUUGAACAUAAUGACUAUAUUGGAGGUCGCCUGCGAAGUCAACAAUUUGGCCGAAACACCAAGACCGGCAAGCCAUACACUAUUGAGCUAGGUGCCAACUGGGUGGAAGGCAUCGGAUCCCUCGAGACGCACGAGAACCCCAUUUGGAAAUUGGCGCAGAAGCACGGUUUAAAGACAACUUACGCCGACUACGAUGCCCUCAAGACGUUUGACCACAAGGGCGCCAAGAACUGGACCGACAAAAUCGCCGAGCUAGAUGCCGCUUUUGAGAAUGCGUCAGGCGACUCCGGUCACAUCUUGCUGGAUAACCUCCAGGACCUAUCUGCUCGCGCUGGUCUUCAUUGGUGGGGAUGGGACUUUGAGGCUGCUUGGACGCCUGAUGAGAGCGGUCUUGUUUUUGGCGUCGCUGGAGACAAUGCUACCUUUGGUUAUUUCAGCGAUGUCAGCAACCUAGUUAUCGACCAGCGCGGUUAUAACUACUUUCUCAAGCAGGAAGCCAAAACUUUCCUCAAGGAGAACGAUCCACGACUCCUCCUCAAGACUACUGUUGAAGGUAUUGAGUAUAACAAGAAGGGCGUCAAGGUCACAACCAAGGAUGGUGGCUGUAUAGAAGCUAGCUAUGCUAUCUGUACAUUUUCUCUCGGUGUAUUGCAGAAGGACGUCGUGGAGUUCAAACCGAAGCUGCCUCACUGGAAGCAGAGCGCUAUCGACCAAUUUGCGAUGGGUACAUACACCAAGAUUUUUAUGCAAUUCAACGAGUCGUUCUGGGAUACUGAUGCCCAGUAUCAGCUCUACGCCGACCCUAUUGAGCGUGGACGUUAUCCUCUGUUUCAGCCGCUCAAUGGUAAAGGCUUCCUUGAGGGAUCCAACAUCAUCUUCGCGACAGUCACUGGCGAGCAGGCCUACCAAGUCGAGCGACAAACGGACGAGGAGACCGAAGCGCAAGUCGUGGAGGUCCUGCAGUCCAUGUACCCUGAUAAGAAGGUCCAUAAGCCUACAGCAUUCACUUACCCACGCUGGAGCACCGAACCCUGGGCGUAUGGAUCUUACAGCAACUGGCCUGUAGGCAUGACUCUUGAGAAGCACCAAAAUAUACGUGCCAACCUGGAACGCCUGUGGUUUGCCGGCGAGGCUAAUUCAGCUGAAUUCUUUGGCUUUGUCCAUGGUGGAUACACCGAGGGUCGCGAAAUUGGUCAUAGGAUUGGUAGGAUCAUUAAUGGAGAGGCUGGCGAUGAUGAAUUUGAAAUGGAGAGGUAUGAGGUUCUGCAUGGAACCACUCAUAAGGACGAGUACAACGAUGAGAACGGAUGGUUGUUUCCUUACGAUGUUGACGGUGACAACUGAUCAAAUCAUGUUUCAGACAUUCACAGUACAUAUUCAUAAAGCGCAGUGCUCAUAGUGCUUCGGGCAUAUACACAAAUUUUCUAAUGUAUUACCUAUCGAAUUCAAGAGUGCAA